UAGUCGGGGACGCCAGGCUGAGGCUUUUCCUAGGGAACUGUGUUGUCGCCCCGCCCCCCCGGGCUUUUCGUCCCGUUAACUGUCGGAGUGGCGGGGGCUCCAGCGCCGGGCGACAUGCCGGUGCGCUUCAAGGGGCUGAGUGAAUACCAGAGGAACUUUCUGUGGAAAAAGUCCUACUUGUCAGAGUCCUGUAAUUCCUCAGGUGGGCAGAGGCACCCAUGGGCUGGACUUAGGUCAGAUCAAUUAGGGAUCACAAAAGAGCCAAGUUUUAUUUCAAAGAGAAGAGUCCCUUACCAUGACCCACAGAUUUCAAAAUCUCUUGAGUGGAAUGGAGCCAUCACAGAGAACAAAGUGGUGGCAUCACCAGAACCUGAAGCCCUAGAAACACCCAAACCACAAGAAGUGGAAGGUGUUAGCCAAGAAGGAGUCCUGCCACUGGAAGCCCCCAGGGUUCCUAAGAGAACCAGAUCUCACUCAGCAGACUCCAGAGCUGAAGGCAGUUCAGAUGUUGUGGACGAUAAUGAAAGUGUGAAAAGGGACCAUAAACUGGAUACUGAACAUGAGGAACUGGAACUUUCUACCAAGCUUCCUUCAGAAAAUGUAGAUAAUCGGUUGGAUAGACUUCUGCGUAAGAAAGCUGGAUUGACUGUUGUUCCUGCACAUAAUGCCCUGAGAAAUUCUGAAUAUCAAAGGCAGUUUGUUUGGAAGACCUCUAAAGACACUGCUCCAGUUUUUCCAGCUCAUCAGGUUUUCCACAGUAAAAGCAAAUUUGUUCCACAAAUCAAAGGUAAUUCAAUCAUCCAUGAAACUGAAUACAAAAGAAAUUUCAAGGGUUUAUCUCCAGUGAAAGAACCCAAAUUAAGAACUGAUUUGAAAGAAAACGGAAUUUGUGAAACACUAUCUCCUGAAAAGAAGUGUAAUAAAACAGACACUCCUUUAAAAUUAGAAGCAGAGAUGGCAUCAAAAGACUCAAACCAGCCUAAAAAGAAACUUACUCCUUGGAGACAUCAAAGGCUUGGGAAGGUGAAUUCUGAAUAUAGAGCAAAAUUUCUGAGCCCAGCUCAGUAUUUCUAUAAAGCUGGCGUGUGGACACGAGUGAAGGAAAGUGUGCCAAACCAGGGUUCUCUAAAUGCCAUGUGGUAUGCAGAGGUUAAAGAACUCCGAGAGAAGGCUGAGUUUUACAGGAAGAGAGUCCAGGGAACACAUUUUUCUCGGGACCAUCUGAAUCAGAUCGUAUCUGAUAACAACCGCUGUUGGGAUGUCUCCUCCACCACGAGCUCAGAAGGAACCAUUAGUAGCAACAUCAGAGCAUUAGAUCUGGCCGGAGAUCCUACAGGUCCUAAGACUUUGCAGAAAUGUCCUUCUACAAAACUGGAAGAAAAAGGGCAGAUCUUGGAAGAGCAACCCCAGACAAAUACCACGGAGCAAUUGGGCAUGUCAGGUGCUCCCACCAUACCUGUUAGAAGGCGGCUGGCCUGGGAUGCAGAGGACACUGGCGAAGACAAACAGAAACAGCCCAGAGGGGAGAAGGAGGAAGAGGAGGAGGAGAAGGAGGAGGAGAAGGAGAAGGAGAAGGGGGGAAGGGACAAGCAGGUUUGUUCAGGACAUCUGGAGAAGUUGGAUGCACAGGAGAAAUCUAAGGCAGACAAGAUGAAAGAAGGGUCAGAUUCUUCUUCUGAAUCCUCCUCAGGAACGGGAGGCAGGCUUCCUACUCCGAAGCUGAGAGAACUGGGUGGGAUCCAGAGGACUCAUCACGAUCUUACUACUCCAGCUGUUGGUGGUGCUGUUUUAGUGUCCCCAUCUAAAGUGAAGCCUGCAGCACCAGAGCAGAGGAGAGUGUCCCCUCAGGAUGGUCUGGAAACCCCAAAGAACGAUUUUGCUAAGAAAGAAAGUCGUGCUGUAUCUAUACUGACUUCUCCAGCUGCUGGUAUAAAAACAGUUGAUCCCCUGCCUUUGCGGGAAGAUUCUGAAAUCAAUAUCCCUAAAUGUGAUGAAGCAACUCUUCCAGUUUCAAAAAUUCCAGCAUAUCCAAUGAACACCCCUGGACAGUCACCUUCUCCACCAUAUGCUUUGUCCUACUGGCAUCCCUCUCGUCGAAUUCAGGGCUCUCUGAGACACCCAGAAUUUCAGCAUAAUGUGGGAAAAACAAGGACGCACAAUUUCCAGUUACCUCAACAUGGAGCCUUUAAUGAUGAAGAUGAGGACAGACUGUCUGAGAUUUCCGCACGCUCUGCAGCCUCUAGUCUCCGGGCUUUCCAGACUCUGGCACGGGCCCAGAAGAGGAAGGAGAAUUUCUGGGGCAAAACAUAAAUGGAGUUGCAACACCUUCAUCUAGGGAACUAUUGCCCUAUUUUUUCUGUAUUAUUUACUGUGUUAAGAUUUUUUGAGUGUUUGAAUUUUUUUUCUGACAUUUCUUACUUAAAAAAAAAAAGUGAUUUUUCAAUAGUCAAUUCAGUUUACUUGGAAAUUUUUAACACAGGCUUAUACGAACUUAACUUUUAAGAUGUAGAUUAUAUAGUUCUUCACAUGUCCUAUUUUUUUUUAAUUAGUUGUCAGGGAUAGCUGGCAGAAUUGUGAAUUUCACCCAGCCAGAGGAUAUUCUAAAAAGAUAAAGUUAAUAGCCAAGUGGGGAGUGUGUAUUCUUCUAAGAUUGACUGUGUCUUUAUAAUGGCAGAAGUCAUAAAAUGAGUUAAUGUUCCUUUAACUUUUGCUGUACUAUUUAUUUUAGUACCAUCUACAUGUUGUUGCAAUGUUAUUUAAGAAAACUGUACUUUGAAAAUACUAGCUGUAUAUAUUUUUCUUAUUUAUGUAACAAAAUUUGCUGAGAGAAUGUGUAUAUUUUUAUCUUGGUGUGUAUUCUAUUUGUAUAAUGACUUCAGCUUACAUUUGAAUAAUGUCUGGAUUUUGAAAAAUUAUUUGUAUAAUGAGAAAUUAAAACUUUGUAGAUAUUUUGAAAUAAAAAUUGAUCAAGUGUGUUUGGCUUCUCCUGGAAGUUAUUACAUGGCAGCAUAAGCUAUACUUCUUUUGCUGCUGUUAGAAUGCAGUGAAGAGGCCGGCGCUGUGGCGUAGUGAGUAAAGCCGCCACCUGCAGUGCUGGCAUCCCAUAUGGUCGCCGGUUCAAGUCCCAGCUGCUCUACUUGCAAUCCAGUUCUUUGCUAUGGCUUGGGAAAGCAGUGGAAGAUGGCCCAAGUUCUUGAGCACCUUCACCCACAUGGGAGACCCGGAAGAGCUCCUGGCUUUGGAUCAGCGCAGCUCCGGCUAUUGGGGCCAUUUGGAGAGUGAACCAGUGGAUAGAAGACCUCUCUCUCUCUCUCUCUCUCUCUCUCCCCCUCUGCCUCUCUGCCUCUCUACCUCUCUACCUCUCUGUAACUCUGCCUUUCAAAUAAAAUAAAUAAAUCUUAAAAAAAAUGGAGGGGCCAGUGCCAUGGCACAGUAGGUUAAUCCUUCGCCUGUGGCGCCGGCAUCCCAUAUGGGCACCGGUUCUAGUGCCAGCUGCUCCUCUUCCAACCCAGCUCUCUGCUGUGGCCUAGGAAAGCAGUACAAGAUGGCCCAAGUGCUUGGGCCCCUGCACCUGUGUGGGAGACAUGGAAGAAGCUCCUGACUCCUGGCACAGCUCUGGCUGUUGCAGCCAUUUGGGGAGUGAACCAUCGAAUGGAAGACCUCUCUCUAUGUCUCUCUCUCACUGUCUAUAACUCUACCUCUCAAAUAAUAAAUAAAUAAAUAAAAUCUUUGAAAAAAAAUGCAGUGAAGUUGAGUCUACAAUAUUUCUGCACAAAUAUAGUACAAAUAACAGAAUCUAAAAUGCAGAGCCAUUUAAAAAUUUUUGCACAAACUUUUUAAAGUUUUAUUUAUUUAUUUGAAAGAGUUACAGAGAGAGGGAGAGGCAGAGAGAAUCUUCUACCCACUGGUUCAUUCCCCAAUGGUCUCAACGGUGAGGGUUGGGUCAAACUGAAUUCAGGAGCCAGGAGCUUCCUGCAAGUCUCCCACAUGGGUGGCAGUGGCCAUCCUCUGCUGCUCUCCAGGUGCGUUAUCAGGAGCUGGAUCAGCCUCGGAACAGCCAGGACACAAACCACUGCCCAUAUAGGACACUAGCAUCACAGGUGGCAGCUUUACCCAUUAAGUCACAGUGCCAGCCCCUAGCACGAACUUUUGAAUCACUUUACUCAAGGAUAUAUUCUGUUGCUUUACUAUCUUGCAAAUUAUGUUGCAUUUAAGUUUCUGAAAAACAGAUUUUAUAAGAUAUAUUACACAAAAUCUUGACCAUAAGACAGAAAUGAACAUAUAUAGACAUAGAAUACAGUAUUUUUUUUUCACUUUGUGUUGCUAUAUGGGGGCAAACUGUUGAAAUCGUUACCU